UUGCCGAGGAUAUAAAAGGAACAUGUUAGAGCAAUGGGGAAGUUAUUUAGACAAGAACCUACCUCCAACAUCGUCAUGAAUUUCAUUCUGAUACCGUAUCUUCUAGCAACGAAUUUGAUAAGUAACGACGAUGCUUGGAACAACGGACCGGAAUAUUCGUUCUCCGUACACUUGAGCAUAAUUUCGACCAUGGAAAACGAUAAAGGUCGUUACUUGGGUAAAGCAUUGCUCGUUAAUCUGAAAUGUCGGCCGAGAGAACCGGAUAAUUUAUUUUGUCAUUUUGAGGAUGCCAAAAUCGGUAAAUUUUCAUCGAAAAAAUUUGAUCGAGUGGGUCCAUUACCAGCGAGGAACAUAAGUUACGAGCCAUUCAAAUUCAGUGGGAAAAAUUUUGAAAUAAUAUUCGAUCAAAAUGGAAUAAAUGCAUACGUAUUAGAAAAUGAUGAUAAACUUAUGAGUCAGGUACUAAUCGAUAUGUUUCGAACGAUCAUCAAUCAACUUAAUAUUGGGACGAAUUUGGAUGGGAAAAAGGAUAACUUUCAAGAUGAACAAUAUUUUUCUAUGGGCAAGUGUCCGGCUGAUUAUAAAAUCCUUCGAAUAAAGACCAAUCAUUGUGAGAAAAAACAAUUCGAUUUAGUACCCUUGAUCGAUUUAAUAUUGAAUAAAGACGAAGUUAUAAAAAUUAAUAGAAAAAUUGUUCUCGAUAAAUGCGUUCCACCUGAUAUGUAUUAUUUUAUUGGAAAUGAUAUUCACAAUUCGAUUUUUGAAAACACUACGUACCGUUUGAUUUCAUCCGAUAGUAAUAUGAGAUUUUCGAAAAAUUGUUUUAUCUCCGAGACGUUAAAUUUCGUUGAUAUAUAUGAUCAGGAUCGAACGAAAAUCGGUAGUGUUCUGGAUCAUUUAUAUAUAUCACUGGAUUCCAUUCAUCCGGCCCAAGGUAGUUUAAAAAGCUUACGCAAUCCAAUGUCCAUUGAUGUCAUCGUUAAAACCCGAUCAAACUAUAAUACAACAUUAAUUAAUCUUCCUUAAAUAUAAAUUCAAAAGAUAUUCAAAGAAAUAAUUUUUUGUUUCAUUACAUCUAUUGUAGAAACUUUCAAGAAUAUGUAUAAAUUCAUCGUUUAUAAAAAAUUAGUUAAUAAACUACAAUUUCGCAACAUUUUAUUUCAAA